GCGCCAUAAUGACUGCACUUGUACCGCGUCACGUGAUUUACAUAUUGGGAAACCUCAGAUUUUAGCCAGGAGACAUGUUUAUUUGAAAACAGACGAUGGAUGAAGAACGGAUAUGGGAACAGAAACACUUUGCAAAUAAAUUGAUAAUGUUGAACCUCCAGUCAAAAGAGACAUGGACUGUUGAAGACUGGGUGAAAGUAGAUAGACUUUUGAGAUCGACUAAAGGAGACUUAUUGCAGACAUAUACUUGGCAUCGUUUCCGUAAACGAUUUGAAAAAGAGGUAAAAUUGUUGACGAAAAACUUACUGUCUAAAGAAGCAUGGACUGAAACAGACUUGAGGAAAGUUAACAGCAUAAUGUUUCAUAUAUUAGUCAAGCAUAACAUUCCACAAGGUUUCUUCGAAAGAUAUAGGAAGGAAGAGAAAAAAGUGAGUGUGUAUUUAAAGCUAACUUAUUUUUUUCUGAAUAGAGAGUAAGCUUCCCUUAAUCGGUUCUAGGUA